CAAUGACCUCCUCGUGAAUAAGACAGAGUUUCCGCCUCCUACCGCGCCUCUGGUGACGCCGCAAGUCGUUUUUGAAGGGCUAGAGUGGCUCUUUCACUGUCAAGAGUUGUUCUCCAACAAUCUGAUGGACCGUAUAGAACUCGUCCAUAUCGUUUCGACGCAAGGAAAAAAUGCUUAUCUUGUGCUUCCUGAAGUCUCGGAGUACAAAACCAGCAUGUCCUUGGACACAGCAAAGUAUGACCAGGACCGAGAGGUCUUCAAGGACGAACGACGUGCAGUACUCGGUGAGGACUUGUACAAUCUGUUGUUCAAAGCGAAUUUGCCUGACAGCAGAUACAGGUUCUGGGGCUUCGGUGGCGCAGGAGACAAUCGCGUGUGGGACGUUCGGGAAUGGGAUGAUUUUUUCGACCCCAAAGCGCUUGAUGAAUACCUGCGCGCGCGUGGAAGCGGGGGUGUGGUCGUACGCGAAGGCUUUACGCUGCGAGAAGAAGAAGCUGGCAAACUGCACAGAAGAAAUCGUCUGUCAGCUUCCACGAGCAAGAAGUUUCGAACCCUCAGGGACCAUUAUGCUCUGCUUGGUCCUACGAGGCAAGAUCAAAAGAACGAGGACAAAAAUGUUGCUGAUCACGUAGCAGAGGGAACCAACCAUCUAAAUGCCGAAAUAGCUGAUGCAGCAAACGCUCCGCAUUCCGCUGCGUCAGGGAGCGAUGAUAAAACUGAGCAACAAGACCAAGUUGUUCGCGAGAUGGACGUAUUGCUUAUGAGCGAAGCUCUCUCCGUGUUUGCAACACGCUUUGUGUUUGACGGGGAUGUGAGCGGGCGAUUCGUCAUUCUGCCAUGCGAGGACAGCACACUGCCUGUGAAGGUGCAAUUUUUUCGGUCGCAAUACUACUUCCACCGCGGCACGCGCUGCAUUGCUCGCCGGGAUCAGGGCUCCUGGCUUGACUUCCCGAAAAUGCGUCGUGUCCUUUAAGACUUGUAGAUAGAAUUUCCAUGUGCAAGCCUCCACGAGCAUUUUGGAGCAUAAAUCUUUCUUCUAGUAAAACAAUCCAUCUUGACAUUCUAGUGCAACCGUGGUACUGUCCCGAAUCGGGACAAGCCCUUAUUCGGUUUGCAGGGGAAAGUAGUCAACAAGUCAUGCGUCACCUUUCUGUUUUUACGCGACCAGUAUAGCAAACAAAGGAAGAUGAAAGGCCUUGUGCUAGUACCGCUAAGCAUCACAGGAAGAAGUUGAUUUCGUGUAUAGGGAAGAGAUGGCUCAUCGCCGUCGGUGGAAACAGUGGAAUGAUGCGUUGCAGUCCGUGGGUCACUGGGAACGCGACGUGGUCGAUCAGAUUCGGGCAGAAAACGAACCGGGGAACAGGCAUGACGACUCCAUUAUGUUGGCAAACAGUAAGUUAUAAUUUCUUGACAUCUAGAAACUGAAGAUCAAGAUCUAGGAGUUGUAUCUUUUCUGGCCAAAAAUAUUAUGCAGCAAGACCUUGAUGAAGAUGUGACCAGAAAACCGGUUCUAACAUGAAAAUUAAAAGUAGGAGUUCAGACGAGAAGAAGAAGUCUGCGUUUCCGCCAGUGAAUGAGAUACUGAAAUUUGGACGAUCGGUUGAACACUCUCGAUAUGUGUUCCGCGACGCGAGUACAAGAACGUACAUGCGGGGCCAGCCAGUGCUGCGAGUAGGUUUCAACUUGCUGCUCGGGGAGGCACUGGAGGGGGACAAGAUGCACCUAGGAAAGUACCAAAACUGGGGUGCAAACACCAUUGCCGCGAACAGCGUAUGGUCAGGGAUUGUUUUCACGCAACAAAUUCAGCUACUUGGAGACGCCGUUAUUGCUGCAAUCAAAGCGCGGUUUGCGAGAGCGAACAAAUCUGCUCGUUCUUCGAGGACUACCACUAGCUCUUCCUACGAGGUUGACAGUCAAAAGAACAGUAAACUGUGGGUUGUACACUGGCGAAGGGGUGACGGCGAAGUCGGGCCAACAGACGUGCGGGCACAGCAAUUUCGUCAAGCACCGGAAGACAAUCUAGCGAAUCUUGUGAAAAAAACCGUCGUCGCAGAAUUUUUUCGCGAGAGUCUUGUCACGCCUGGCGUAUACUUCGCGGACGGUGCUCUUAGCAACAAGGAAACGAAAGCAAGUAGUAGUAGUAGUGCUUCGUCCGCGAUGAGCGAAGAUCUCCAAUAUGAAGAUUCGCACUACCACGGCAUGUCCUCCGGAGACAUGAAUCAUAAGAACCUGAACGGAAGCGACACCGAGAGAAACGAUGGGAACAGCAUAGCCGUAGUACGGAUCCUGCGGCCGUCUGCCUUCUCUAGGAAAAGGGAUAGUAUUCGAUACCGAGAUUUCGCUCCGCACUUCUUCGUAAUGACGAACGAGAUAAACUCCACAGUCCUCGACGUCGUACGCGAGGGAUUCUCAGAGCAUUUCCCAGUCUCAACGGUACAAUUUCUUGGUGAUUUUUUAUCAGAAGACGAUCGAGACCAGGCGGAGCCCUUAUCAGCGCGUCUCAAGAUGUUUCUUAAGCGAGGGGGCAUCUUUGCGCUCUUGCUGGAGCUAUACAUCGCCUGCCGUGCCGACGUCUUCUUUUACGAGACACUCUUCUUUCUUGAAUGUAGUACAACACAUAACGAAAAAUGGGCACUUGUUUGUCGAUAGUAGACGUAGAGGUCUGCUGCAUGAUAAAUUAGCAAAUCCAAAACCAAAGCUCUACUGUAGUCCUGUUUGGCAUUUGCUAUAAAUGUGUUCCCACCUCCUUUUCUAAUAAAUGGGAUACCACACGGCGCUUUUCGAAGGUGCGGCGUCGAUGCCUACAAUGCUUGCGAACCAGUUGCGCCUGCACCAAUGUGCACGCCCUCCGGCGUUGGGCCUUUUUCACCCGGUCAAAGAAUACUUGAAACGGUAUUCGGGAUGAUGGUGUGAUUCGAAACUACAUUAUUUGGUUGGAUCGAUCGGCGUUUGUUUGAGCUGGUAAUUAGGUGUGAUCGCUUGGUACUUCAAUCGCCUCAAUACUGGAGACGCAACAUGUACUAGAAGACGGAAGAAUGGCCCUACAACAACAUCACCGGUAGAAUUCUUCAACCGUUACAGACUGCCCUUCAAAAUCGUGGAACCUGUAGGAUUCACAGCAUGAUCGAUCCCACAUAUUUGGUUCUUUUUUGAGUUUUAAGCAUUGGCUUGACGAAGAUUGAAUAGAUUAGACAACAACUACUCAAUGUUCAAGUUCUUGCCAGAGCUUUCGAAAUUUGAAACGUGUAAAGUUUUGAUGUUGCAAUAAUUUUUUUAAGCUUCAAAUUAUAAUUUCGUGAUGGAAACACUUACAACUUUGGAGCUGGCACGAUGUGAGGGCUUCACACUCAAAAUGUUGAGAUGGUAAAGCUUUACCAAAAUUAGAAGGUUUGAAAGUCAAAUUCCAAAAAAAUUUGAUUAUACUCCAAAUUCGAUCAAUUUAUAUCCAAUAGACCCUUUUCACACCCAAAAUUUUCAUUCUGAAAUUUCAAAGUCCAAUUGCAAAAUUUUUGAUUUUAUUGCAAAUUAAAUCAAUUAAAAUCCAGUAGAGCUCAAAAACAGGCAAAAUCGACAAGCAGGGGAGUUUCAAGAAGAGAAGUGGUUGUUUCUAUCUAUAUCGAUAAAGAUAGAUGGAUGUGUGAUGGUAGUUGUAUUCUGGUUGACGACUCGAAGGGUGAAUUAUUGCAGCGAGUUACUAUUUUAUGUUGCAGGCAAGUAUGUUGAAACAACUAGAGCGACAAGCUUGCUAUUCAUGAGAAAAUUUCAAUUUUCUAUAGUACGACAUUACCGAUUGUGCACCGACGAGCUUGUAGAAAAUCUACUGACAGAAGUGGUUACCUCCAUUGAUUUCAAGCAAAGGACAUUUGAUCAAUUUUCUAGUGGGCGAUAUUGACAGUGACAAUUAGAAAUCACAUCACAGAACAAGUGCGGGAAAACUGAAUAUUGAAGUGGGAAAAAGGUGGAUCCCGGGCGUUCCACGUAAAAUAAACAAAAGGGACUAUUGGUACACUCAAUUAGUCGUGCCUGACUUGUUAUGAUGUUGAAA